AUGAUAUCUAUGAACCCAAUUAUGAUUAGAAAUAACUUGUCUCGUAGCUCAUCACCAGCUGCACCACCCAUCACCAAUCAUACUUCAACUGUUGACUACUUUUCUCUCAAACCAAAAUUAUCUUUGGACACAAGUAGUCAAAAUGAUAGUAUUAGUACCCAAUCUAGCAACAAUGAUGAUACUCAUUCAGAUCAACAAGACCAUACUUUAUAUACGCAUAAUCAUUAUUUUGAUGACGACUACGAUGAUGAUGAAGAUGAAGACUUUGAUAUACGGGAUCAACUACUCGAUCCUUUUGAUAAAAUAACCAUAUCAAAUUGUAAUGAAGAGUAUUAUUCACCUUUGACUCCAUUUGAUGACCAAACCACUUCACCACAGGAUUCAAUAAUAUCAUCCAAAUCAUCUAAUAAAUCCACCACGGUUGUUCCACCUCCACAAUUUCAAUUGACUUUGCCUAAAUUAACCACCUACAGCUUUCUUAUAGUGGAUGAUAACAUUAUUAAUUUGAAAAUUCUUAAUCGUAUUUUACUUAAAUUGUUUCCUAAAUGUCAUAUUGUUCAAAUACAAGAUUCAAAAUUGGUUAAAGAUAUACUACAUAAACAACCGUUUGAUUCCAUAUUUAUCGAUAUCGAGAUGCCUGAUGUGAAUGGAAUCGAUAUAGCUCAGUUUGUUAGACAAGAUUCCAAAUUCGAUGACAUGGGAAUGGUUGCCGUAACAACAAGAAACAGUACUCAAGAUUUGGAAUUGUUUAAACAGUGUGGUAUUGAUUGUACCUUUCAUAAGCCAUUGAAUUAUUCUUUGGAUUUUAUGGCAAAUUCAAUUGAUGAUAUAAUUAUAACAAGAAAGAACAAAAUAUAA